AUGUUGAAAAGAAUUAACAACUCUAAAUUGACAAUAGGAUUCAAAUAAAUAGCUUCUAUGAUAAAUCAUUCUACUAAUUUUCAAUCAUAUAUACCUGAUGAUUCUGAUAAACUAAAUGAUUCCUCACUAUCACUUAGUGCUUAUGAGCCAAGCCAAGUCGAUAUCAUUGAAUAAGUUGAUUAGACUGAUGAUCUGCCUGCCGCAUAGAAGAGUCGUAUACACCAGUAAGCAGAUCUCUAUCUUAAUUAAAUCAAGAACUAUUUCGGUUCCCAGAAACUACCUCUCAUCAAAUUGGACAGAAAAGGAUUGCUCCAAAAAUAUCAAUGUGUGACUAAUUUAACAGAUUCUCUUUUAACAUAUUAUUCAAAUCUAGAAAAGAGUUUUGAAUUGCAGAAUUAGGCUUCUCUAUUAAGUAAAUUAGCCAAAAAAGAAUCCUUAUCAAUUUUAGAUCAAAUUGAUUCAUCUUAAUAACACAAAAUCUUGUUUUAAGAAUUGAAUAAUGAAUAAUAAUUGUUGCUCAAUUCCAUCAUAUAAAUUCAAGGCAGAAACAUCAUAGUACCUCAUUGGAAUACUAUCAAAUAGUAAAUUAAACAACUCAAUUACAUCUUCUAACAACAAAGAUAUUAAAUUCUCAAAGUAGCACAACCUCAAAUCCAAUCUAUUUAAAAAACGUAUCUUGAUGAAUACAAGAAUAUCAAGAAAUUAAAAAACCAAACCCAAUCCUAGUAUGAUGAAGUAUUUCGUAAAAACUAAAAUUAUGAAGGAUAAAAGCAAUUACUUGAAAAAGAUCUAGAAUCUAAUAAUAACCAAUAUAGGGAAUUAAAAAAAAAUAAAACAAACCCAGAAAAACUGAUUAAAAUGGAAAUGUCAAUAAAACUAUCAACCUAAUAACUAUCAACUAUUUAACAUAAGUUACAGAGUUCAAAGUAUGAACUUAAAGAAUUAUAAGUUGCAAUAGCCAAAACAAAUUAGCAAUUAAAUGAGUUUAAAGAUAAUUGGGAUAGAUAAUUUAUUGUAAUGUAUCAGACAGUCAUUCGAUCGCUUUUACAAACCCAUUAUGAUAAUUAUGAACAAUAUUUGAAAUCAUUUAAAAGUAUACUAAAAUUAUAACAUACUUAAACUGAUUCGCAUUUGAGUUAGAGUUAAACAAAUGCUCCAACGUAAAUAUUAUAUAGACAAUCACGCACUGUAUCAUUGGAUGAAACAGAUCCUCCUAGAUUAAUGAGAAAUGAGAAGGAAGAACUCUAAGAAUUCAUAAAAAAGUUUAAAUUUUAUGAGGAUUAAAUUCAUUAAUUUGAAAAGUAUGAUGGAGAAUGCUUAGACUUUUUUGUUGAAAUAGGAGAAGUUAUUAAGAAAAUAACAUUGGAUGAUAUAAAAGUACAAUUAGUUUAACUGAAAGAUAUUUGGAUAACUGAUUUAUUUACAAAAAGCUUUCCUAAGGAUAAAUCAUUUUAUUUAAAUCUUAUGACUCAGAUUAAAUAGAUUACCAAUAAUUUUGUUGAAGAUAGAACUAAACUCUAUAAAGAAUACAAAGAAACUUAAGUGUCUGUUAAAGAGAGGAUCAAUAAUAUUACCUAUUUAUUCAAUUGCAUUCUGAAAGAUUCAGAAAAAUUUAAUCCUAUUAAAGUGGAUGGAUUCACAGAUUAUCAAAGGAUGAAAUAAUAAUUUAAAUAGAAUUAUUGUUAAUAUCAAUAGGAAGCAGAACAACUCAAAAGAAAACUAAGCCAAUAUGAAAAUAAAUAUAAACACUAUAUUGAUUAACAUUUUGAAAUAAUUUCCAAAACUAAAUUCCAAUUUAUUUUAUCUUUUGCCACUCUUUCAAAGUGUGUAGUUAAUCAUACAAUGAGAAUGAUUGAUGAAUGUAAUAAUUAUCUAUAAUUAUCUUAGUUGACCAAAUGUAUUAAUCAUAAGAUUAAAUAGUCAAAAGUUUACUAGAUAAUCAGGCUAACAUAUCAUUCAUUCCAAAAGACAUCUAAAUCAAUCAAACUUCAGGUUUACUCAAUAAUAAUACGACUACCAUUCCAAAAACUAGUUCUAGAUCCAAUAGCUAAAUUACUAAGUAACCUAAUGAUACAGUGAAUUCAUUGAAGGAGACAUUUGUACUAAAAUAAUUAAUAAGAGUGCUAUUUCUAUAAUGGACUAAAUCUAUCUAUUUUAGAUAGAAAUUUAUGACAGAAUUAUACAGAUCUUUGAAUAAGAAGAGACCUUCCUAAUUAGAUGAGAUAUAUGUCACAUUUAUAGACAUAGGAGGAGAACCCCCAGAAGUCUUGCAAUUUAUUCCACAAAAAAACACCGAUUCUUGUAUAUUUGAUUUAGAACUAUCAUUUAGAGGUUUCUUCUAUAUGGAGUUAGAAACCUUUGUUACUAUUAGUUGGGCUAAAAAGCAUUUACCUGUUAAUAUUAAAGUCAAAAUAACAUCUUUGAAUGGACGAUUGAGGUUGUGCUAUACACCAAAUUUUAUUGGCCGUAGCUGGGUUUCAUUUGUCGGAGAACCCUCUAUGAAUAUCAGCAUUGAACCUACAAUAUCCAAAUAUAAUAUUUCUGUUGCUAAUGACAUAAUAAAAGAAUUUCUUAUUUACAAAAUCAAGAUGUUAACCUAUCCAAAUAGAGAAACGAUCACAGUCCCAUUAGCUGAAUUUGAAGCAGAAAUACCCUAGAGUGCCCUUGACAAAAUUAAAUAAUUCGUUGAUAAAAUGAAAAAUUGAAUAAUG